UCUUCAUUUCUUCACAAAGAGCAAAAUUGUGCAAUAAAUGGCCGAUUUCCACAUCUUUCGUAACAAAAAAAGUUUAAACUGUAAUAAUUUUUGAAAUUGUAUUUUCGUUAUGGAUUCAAAUGAAGAUAGUGGAGAACAUGAAAUACAACCUAAUGAAAAUUGGUAUACAACAAAUGCAGAAAUAGCAAGUCAAGUCAUCAGCAAGUAUACUGGGGCAACUUCAUCAAGCAAUAAACGUAAACAAACUAAUACGAAGCCAUCCGACGAAGAGUAUUCAAGAAAAAGAGCGCGUAACAAUGUUGCUGUAAAAAAAAGUCGAGAAAAGGCAAAAAAUAGGAUAGUUGAAACACAAGUACGUGUGGAACAGUUAAGUCAAGAAAAUGAAGAACUACAGACCAAAGUUACCCUUUUAACGAAAGAAUUAAAUGUUUUAAGAGCUUUAUUUACUAAUGGAGGGUUUGCUCUUCCUGGUGAACUUCAAAUUGUUUCAAAUAACAGUAAUAAUGAAUUAUCUCAAAACCAACAUCAAAAUAAUGAACAAAGUACAUCUAAUGGAGGAAACCAUAAUCUUUUAAAUAAAGAAGUUAAAAUGAGUUUUGAUACAAAAAUACAACCAUUAAAACCUAUGCCUAGAGUAUUUACAAAUAGUCAAAAGUCCCUUUUAUCUUCCUCACAACAAAGCAGUGAUAGUUUUAAUCCUUAUGAACGUAAUAAUGAAUCUCAGUUGUUUACUUAUAAUCCAAAAUAUACUCCAGCUACUGAAUAUGUAAAAAAAGAGACAAAAAAAUCAAAUUGCCAUACAAUAUUAGUAUCUCCUGAUACAACGCCUCAAAGAAGUUCGAGUUUACUAUAUCAGAAUGGCGCUGAGAUGCGACAUACUUCAGUUAUACAAACAGUAACUUCACAACCCCAACAACAACAAAAGAGCUCUUUAACACAAAACUCAUUAGGCAAAUUUUGUAUAAUCCAAGAUCCAGAAAAAGUUGGUCAAGUAAAAAUAGUUCCACUUGAUAGCUAGCAUUGUUUAAUAGCAAAUAACAAAUCAUGUACAUAUUUUUAUUAAAAAAUUUUAUAUUGUUGUGUUGUAGUGUAAA